GGGUGGGCAGGGGGUAAAAAAAGCGGAGGAGGGCAGUUAAGAGGUCUGACAUACUUAAAACAAAGACCACAGCUUUUGUGGGUUCCAGUAUUUUCAGGAGCUCCUCUGCUCAACUCUCCUGACAGCUGAGACAAGCCAGCAGGAAGCGGAGCGAGCAGAUAAGAGUGAGAAUCUCCACGGGGAAAGACUGGAGGAAGAUAGAGGAGCGCUUUGUUAGUGACUAGAUCUGUGGAAGACUUCAUCUUCAGGAGAAGUGAAGACGAGUCGAGACAAUCUGGAGGACGAACAGCAACAGGUCCAGCGGGCCCCGCAGCAUAACUUCACCAUGAGUCUAAGCGGUACACUGGAGAGAGGAGCUCACCACCAAGCCUUGGACCUCUCAGAGGAGCUGCCGCCUCACCUCCACCACCACGCCAACCACCAGCAGCUUCUCCACCACUCCAACUCUCUUGCCUCCACCACUGCUAUGGGUGGAGGGAGAGAAACCCCUUCUCGUGUGGUCAUACCUCCUCCAUAUUCUGCGGCGGAGAGCGGAGGUGGAGGAAGCGAGGCUCCGCUGGAGCUGCGGGGGUCGCUGGACUGCUGGGCCUGCUCGGUGCUGGUGACGGCCCAGAACCUGGUGAUCGCUGCCAUCAACAGCUGCCUCGCCGGAAUGGUGUUUGGCACCAUCCUGACUCCGGCCAUGGUCAUGGUGGUGUUUGGAUUCCUCUGCCACUCUACGGUAGGAGACACAGGUCCGUCCCCACGGCACCAUCCCCUACUGCUCCAGCCUGCUGACCGACGGAGGCUGCGUGGCGCUGCUGGUGGUGGGGUUCCUCUUGGUCACCCCUCUGCUGGUCCUGGCGCUGGCGGCGUACUGCCGCCUGGCCCGACACCUCCAGCUGGGCCUGUGCUUCAUCCCAUACAGCCGAGCCGUGUACAAGAACCUUCCUGCCACGCAGCAUCGAGGUCUGGGCACCGGCUGCUGCGGGGGGAGGGACGGCGGCGGCAAGGGAAAGGUGUGGGUGUGAGAUGGUGAUGGAACAUAAAAGGGAAAACAACGGGAAUGGUGAUGGACGGAGGUGUGUGAGCUUCCCAACUGUAAAUAUGUUCUCCAGUUAGAUGGUUACAAUAAUAAUGACGUCUGGUUUUAUGUGUUCCAGCUAGAAGAUGAAACGUAUAAAGAUGACAUGUCUGUUUAAAUACACGGUUUUGUAGAUGAAUCUAUUAAUUACUUAGAUUCAAAAUAAAAUCAGUUUUGGUUUUUGUGUAAAAGUAAUUUUAAAAAAUCACCUGAAUACAUGUUUAAAUAACUUUCUGAACAGCCUCAGUUUGGAGAAAUAGAGUAUCAGAAUAGAAUAGAAUAGAAUAGACUUUAUUGUAAUUGCUCAUGGCAAUUAAAUUACAGAUGGUCCGCCAUCAACAGUGCACAAUACAAUAAAUGACAAUAAAUGUCAAAAACCAUAAAGGACUAAAAACAAUGUAAAAACAUUUAGCAAACAACAAGAAAGUACAACCAGUGAUUGGGAUCUGCUAAAACAAUAAUUUAAAAUGAUUCAAAACACACAGACAACACUGAUUUAGUACUGACAUAAAUAUUGUCAGAAUAAGAUUUUUUCCAUUUCAUUCUCAGAACUUCUGUGGUUACUUACAUCCACAAAUAUAAAAAUUUUAUGCUUCUGGUGCAUCCAGGAGUCAAGUCCAACUAAGAUUUAUUAAGAUCUUUAGAAUAAUACUCAAGUGUAAAUGAACUGAUAACUGUACUAAGCCCUGUCAGAUGUAAACUCUAUUUCUCUGAACAGAGGCUCUUCAGGAAGCCCUCCACUUUGGGUAAGAUCAGUGUUAUUUAUAACUUUUACACCAAAUUUUUUAAAAAUGGUUGAAAUCCUUUUAAAAGGCCAAGGGGUGAAGACGUUGAAGAACAGGUGAUACUAAGAAAUGGGAUUCAGUCGUAGGCAGAAGAGGCAAGAAACAGCAACCUGGUGAACAUUCUAUAAUUUCACGUUAGGCGGACUGAUGUGUAUGCAUGUGUGGAGUUAUGAACCUAAUGACUACAUCUGGUUUUACUGGAACUUAUUUUUGGUAACUUUUCGAUAUUUUAAGCAUAAACUGAGUUAAAAAGGUGAGUCUAUGGGAAAAUACACUCCAAUACUUCAGAGUUUGCAUGAGCAGAAUAACGACGGCUCGAGUUAGAGAGGCCAGACAGAAGUCAUGAAAAAGUCCAGCUGAGCGCGACGGUCCUGAACACACCACAGGAAAGAGGAAAUGUGAAAACAGUGAUGACAGAUUAUUUCUGUCUCUCAUCACGUGUGUAUUAUAUAGAGAGAAACAUGUACUUGUCAGGUUUAGUUUAUUACAAAGCUGUUGUGAAGUUUUAUUUCCUUUUUUAUAAAUAAAGUUUUUGAAUAUUUC